UAGUACUGUUGGACAUUCGAACCGUCCUGCUAGAGUGUGAUCCCACAUCUCGAUCGCUUCGUUUGAUUUCCGUGGGCAGCUGAGCAGUUCCUGGGAACAGGCUGCAGGAGAGUGUGUGAUUUGCGCUAGAAGUGCGCUCCCUGGCCGAGUGUGUGUGUGCGCACUAGUAAAAAAAAACAGUUCGUCGUAAGGAGUGCCAGAGUGCAGUAGCCUUGAAAUGGCGAAUGUGAUAAAAUUGAUUGGGUUUCUGUGCUUAGUGGUGACUGUCGCUGGUGCCGAAUAUCGCGUGAAGCGACAGGACGAUGAUGGCGACCAGGAGGACAACAUCGAGGAGCUGUGCAAAGACCGACCGGCGGAUGAGUACUUCCGUCUGAGUACCGAGGGUGAUUGCCGUGAAGUCGUGAGGUGCGAUAACGCUGGUGAAAAUGGCAUCACAAGACUGGCACGCGUACGUUGCCCAACCGGGUUGUACUUUGACGUUUACCGUCAGACCUGCGAUUGGAAAACGAAUGUUAAAAAUUGCGAUGAGCUAGGAAAACCAAGAAAGGUUCUGCCGAUCCUGAAAACCGAUGAACCCAUCUGCCCGGAUGGCAAGUUAUCCUGCGGCAACGGAGAGUGCGUCGAUAAGGAGCUGUUCUGUAACGGCAAACCCGACUGCAAGGAUGAAUCCGACGAAAAUGCGUGUACCGUUGAAUUGGACCCGAACCGUGCGCCGGACUGCGACACCAACCAGUGCGUACUGCCGGAUUGUUUCUGUUCUGCUGACGGUACCCGAAUCCCUGGAAACAUCGAACCCCAACAGGUUCCCCAGAUGAUCACCAUCACCUUCAACGGUGCCGCCAACGUCGAUAACAUUGAUCUGUACGAGGAUAUCUUCAACGGACAGCGCCAGAAUCCGAACGGUUGUCAGAUCCGUGGUACGUUCUUCGUUUCGCACAAGUACACCAACUACUCGGCCGUGCAAGAUCUGCACCGCAAAGGACACGAGAUCUCCGUCUUCUCGCUAACUCACAAAGAUGACCCGAACUACUGGACACAGGGAACCUACGAUGACUGGCUAGCGGAAAUGGCUGGUGCUCGACUGAUUAUAGAACGCUUCGCCAACAUCACCGACGGUUCAAUCAUCGGUGUUCGAGCUCCCUAUCUACGUGUCGGAGGCAACAAACAGUUCGAAAUGAUGGCCGACCAGUUCUUCGUCUAUGAUGCAUCGAUCACCGCCUCUCUGGGACGUGUUCCCAUCUGGCCCUACACGCUAUACUUCCGCAUGCCACAUAAGUGCAAUGGUAAUGCCCACAACUGUCCAUCCCGUAGCCACCCGGUCUGGGAAAUGGUCAUGAAUGAGCUCGAUCGUCGUGAUGAUCCAACCUUCGACGAAUCCCUCCCCGGUUGUCAUAUGGUAGAUUCCUGCUCCAACGUACAAUCCGGAGAACAAUUCGGACGUCUUCUGCGUCACAACUUCAAUCGCCACUACAAUACCAACCGUGCGCCUCUGGGUCUCCACUUCCACGCUUCCUGGUUGAAAUCUAAGAAAGAAUACCGUGAAGAGCUGAUCAAGUUUAUUGAAGAAAUGCUUCUCCGCAACGACGUCUUCUUCGUUACCAUGCUGCAGGUCAUCCAGUGGAUGCAGAAUCCAACUGAGCUGAACGCUCUGCGUGACUUCCAGGAAUGGAAGGAAAAGUGCGAUGUCAAGGGACAACCCUACUGCUCCCUGCCGAAUGCCUGCCCGCUGACGACCCGCGAACUGCCUGGUGAAACACUGCGUCUCUUCACCUGCAUGGAGUGCCCGAACAACUACCCAUGGAUCCUGGAUCCAACUGGAGAUGGUUUUACUACCAAGUAAACCAACCCAAGGGGGAGCCACUCCAAUCCACCGAAAGUCUGAUUUAGUUCUGUGAAGAGAACAGUUAAACAAAAGAAACACUCGACGAAGACAGAAUAUGGAGACGCUCGAAGGGUAUCUCCACCGUCUCCUUUCUUAUUCCCAACAGGGCAGAGACAUCUGUUGUAAAUAUUUUUACAUCCCUUCCUAACCUACCCUAUUCCCAAUCCCUAUCCCGACCCCUUCCGAAAAGUUCCUGGACGCUCACAAGUCGCCAUUUUUGUUUAGUGAAAAAUUGGCGGGAACAACUAAAUAAAAUAAAGAAAAUGCUAGACCGUGAUAAUUGUAUUGUCUACCUAAACACUAUCUUUGCAAACUAUCAACGCAUGCACUCGGAAGAUAAAUAUAGAGAGAGAGCGAGAAACGGCCAUUCAAAGCCCCUUAUUUAACUAGGGAAUAAAGGUCCGAAUAAUUUUGCUAAUUAUUUUAUUUUAUUCAUAAAUUUGUUAACUUAAAUUGCUGAAGGCAGAACAUCGCAGAGCCGCAAGUUUCAGGCAUUUUCUUUUCUGUUCAUAGUGUGCGCUGCGAUUUUCGCAGGUAGAAUGAUCGAACCUAUAGUGGUAAAGUGCUUGUGGCUGAUGACGUCAAACAGAGAAUGAUGAUAGAUUUUGAAUACAAAACUACAAAACAUA